UGUGCCCUGCUUAUUAGUCCCCUUUCCCCAGGGUUGAUUAUUCUCGCAUUCUAUUGUAUCUUCGCUCCUAUAUAUCUUCCUCCUAAUCCGCCGUCCCCUCGUGGUUCGAGGUGGCGUGCUCCUGUUAAUCCACCGUCGCCGCAUCCCAACCCCCGUGGUCUGGCCCGCACCACGAUCCGGUGGGUUGCGGUCUUCUUGCAAUGAGCUUGACUUCGCGUGUCUUGGGCUUCUUUGCGACGACAGAGACACCUUCGUCAGACUCCCCCGCGUCGAAGUCCCUUAUUCAAAAUGGCCCGACCGAUCUCCGUCAGACGACGCCGAUAAGCGCAAACAAGGAACAUCAUGUACAGAAUGCACAGUCUCACCAUGACGAGGAAGAGGAGCCUCGUCCACCGUACCUACAUGCAAUGUUCGCUGGAGGUAUUGGUGGCACCUGCGGUGACAUGCUCAUGCACUCGUUAGACACCGUCAAGACGCGGCAACAGGGCGAUCCGCAUUUUCCUCCCAAGUACACCUCCAUGACUUCGUCCUAUGCGACCAUCUACCGACAAGAAGGCCUUUUCCGCGGCCUGUACGGCGGAGUGACUCCUGCGCUUUUCGGCUCCUUCCCCGGCACCGUUAUCUUCUUUGGAACCUACGAGUACACAAAACGUCUCAUGCUAGAUGCGGGAAUCAAUGCGAAUGUGGCGUAUCUUUCUGGAGGCUUCUUCGCGGACUUGGCCGCCUCUAUCGUCUAUGUUCCCUCGGAGGUCUUGAAGACUCGCCUACAGCUCCAAGGACGCUACAACAACCCCCAUUUCAAUUCGGGAUAUAAUUACCGCUCGACCAGGGAUGCGCUGCGCACCAUCAUUCGCCAGGAAGGAUUUUCCGCGCUCUACUACGGAUACCGGGCGACGAUCUACCGCGAUCUUCCCUUUUCCGCCCUCCAGUUCGCUUUUUACGAGCAAGAGCAACGAAUGGCCAAAGAAUGGGUGGGCUCUCGAGAUAUUGGGCUAGGCCUGGAGAUCCUGACGGCUGUUACUGCGGGUGGGAUGGCGGGUGUGUUGACAUGCCCGAUGGACGUGGUCAAGACACGUAUCCAGACCCAGCAGAACCCCGAGACCACACCCUCGAGUCGCCCUCCGGGCUCCUCCUCGCACUCGGCGGCGGAGCACCCAUCGACCAAAGAGGGACCGCGCCACCACGCGGCUUCGCAGACGACGUCGAGCCUGCGCACGCAUGCGCGCCCAAUCUCCACUUCGGGAGCCUCCACGUCGGUGAACCCGCCUGGAGCUCCUCGCUUGGAUACGUCGUCGUUCUUCACUGGCUUGAAGAUGAUCUACCAAACGGAAGGGCUGGCAGGCUGGUUCCGCGGUGUUGGACCUCGUGGUGUGUGGACCAGCAUUCAAAGUGGAACGAUGUUGGUGAUGUAUCAAUAUCUCCUGAAAAAGUUCGAGGACUGGGAGAACAAAGGGGAGCUCAACCCCCUCUAGAUGCGGGAUGAGGGUUGGGCACGCUGAUGUCCAUUGUAGAUAGAAGGAUGGAAGAAAACCGGAGCAUGAUGAUGCAACCUAGACGGGGUUUAUUGGGGAGGGCGUUCCGGUAGGGGUGUGGCAUGACCGAUUUUUUUUUUCCUUCUUCUCUUUUUCUUGUGUGUUCUUUUUACCACCCCUUUUCUUAUCUUGUUGUUUUAUUGUCAUAGAGCAUCUCCCUCCAUUUCCCUACGGUCGCCGCCCUCUUGUGUUUGUCCCUUUUGAUUUCUGAUGGCAUGAUUGAUUGCAUGAGAGGACAUGGGAUUUUACUGUCUCGGUCAUGUUGUGUGUAUAAAAAGAUCAAGAACGAACUAACUACAUAGAUUACUAGAGAAU